UUCGGAUGAGGUCGUUGGGCCGUCUCGUCGUCGUCUGGGUUAUUUCCGCGGCGGUGGCGGCGGUGAAGGUGGGAAACAUUUCGAAGGUGGAAGACGCGGUGAAUUUCAGGAUUUAUUACGGACAGUCAUUUAAAGUCAUUAAGAACGCCAUUGACGGCAGCAGCUACCUUCUCAUGCAGAAUAAUUCAAAGAUGGGGGGAAGAACCAAAUAUUGCACUCCAAGGAUCAAAUCUUACGUCAUCCCUUUGACCAAUUACACUGUUGAUACCCACCUUUUUCCAGUUUCCUUCUUCGAGCUGCUAGGGGUAGUGGGAAGUUUGAAGGGCAUAACGACGUCGGCCACGUUGGCGUCGGAGUGCGUACUAAAGCAAUACGAAAAAGGGGAAAUUCAGAUUAUAAACAACACGGAUGCGCUACAGCUGGCACAGUUCUCGGCCCACUUCGUUGCUGACGUGGACCAACAACAGCUCUGCAAUUUUGCCGCCUUUCUUCCUUCCUCUGAGGAUACGCCUUUGCAAAGGGCAGAGUGGAUAAAAUUCUUGGGAGUUUUUGCAAACCUUGAAGCAAGAGCCAGUCAAAUUUACACCGCGAUGAAAGAAAAUUACAUGUGCCUGAAGAACAUAGCAACCACCAGAAAGACUUUCAAACCCAUAGUUGCUUGGAUCGGUUAUUAUGACGGCAUAUGGUCUUUCACGAAGGACUCCUACAAGCUCAAGUACAUAGAAGAUGCAGGAGGAGAGAAUGUGGACGAAUCCAUCAACAAAAUCACUUACAACGUCUCUAAUCCUGACGAUUUAGAUGCCUUUCACGGCAUCCUCUGCACGGUGGAGGUGGUGAUCGACGAAACAUACGUGUCAGAUCCAACGGCGUACAAGGUGUCCACGUUUCUGGAUCUGACGAACAUCGAAGACCAAUCUUGCCUCUCUUUUGUUUCCUCACAGAGCAUUUGGAGAUUCGAUAAACGAUUUCACAACUCCACCGCUCUCGCUCUCGAUUGGUUCGACGGAGCAAUCUCGCAGCCGCAGUUGGUAUUGGCAGACGUCAUUGAGGUUUUGUUCCCUACGGCCAAUUACACAACAACCUAUUUUAGGAAUUUGGCUAAGGAGGGAGUUUCAAAUAUUAGUUCAGAAAUGUGUGAGAGAGAUAUUUCCUCUGCAUUGGAGCCCACCAUCAUAGCCUGUGGAUGAUUAUUAUUAUUAUUAUUUUUUUAAUUUUUACCUUCUCUUGAUAUUUUACUAAUUUUAAUUUUUAGACCCUUUGAUUGAAUCUCAUAAUCGUGUGGAUGCUUUUAGGAUAAAUACUUUCUAAA